AUGGCUUCCUAUCACCACCACCAUCGUCAUCAAGACAGCAGUAAAAGCAUUCGCGAUCAAGACAAGGUCAGGUCGGUAGCCUUAUCGGCCCAAACGCAUUCGCAACCCGCCGACGCAGCUGUCUCUGUGAGUGUCGGUCAACAGAUGGUGCGCGCAACGACCGCAGCGAUUCUCACUCUAUCCUCACUGAUUGCCUAUGUCGUGAUCAACAGUGUCGCUCGCGCUGUUAAUCCGUCGGCCUUCAUUUGGUACGAGGAGGAUCAGGACGAACGUCGCUGGAUUUCGUCAUCUCCAUCCUGGCUAGAUCGGAAAGCCUGCCGCUGGUUCGGCCUAUGUGGGACCGCCCACUUUCGCUUGGUGCGCCCCCGCUUCGGCCACCGCAAGGCCGUCGCGGCGGCUGGCCAGGGGUCCAACGAAGACUUCUCCGCCUGGCGUGCCGCCCAAUUCAAUGACUCCGCCCAUCCCGAGGCCGCUUGGGAUGAGGCAGAACGCUCCCGCCGCGAGAUCCCGGACUAUGUCUUCCAGUAUGCGCCGUUGGUCCAUUUGUUCUCCGAUGAGCAAUUUUGGCCCAGCGACAUUGCCGAACACCUGUACCAUAUCACGCCGAUGCUCAAUUACACCCCCGUCCAAUCGUACUGGGAUCAUCCCACUUUACAUGACCUGGAUCAAUUGAACCAGUGGCAGGAUGGGCACAAUGUGUUUCUCACCAGCAACGACAAUGUCGAGCAUCGACCUUCGUGGAUGGAAGGCGACAAGAAUAUCCCUGACGAUCCUGAUAGUGAUUUGGAAAAGUCUUGGCCUGACUGGGAUGCGCGGGUCGAUGGGCCCAUCCCGAAUGACACACCUGGCGACCGAGCGCAGUGGUACGAUUCAGCCCAUGCCCUCCGCGAAGGAGAUAACUUGGAUGGCGGCGACAACGAUGCUGAGUGGUCGCCUGAAAGACUCGGCUACUUGCGCCCAGAGGAUCUACAACACGAUGAAGGUUUGCGGGACGAGUUGCGCAAACGGUUUGGCGGUGAGCCCAUCCAUGUUGAGACUACAGGCGGGCGCAGCAAUGCGCCAGCCAUCCUGCUGGUGAUGGACAAAGGCAACGGCAUUGUGGAUGCCUUCUGGUUCUUCUUCUACAGCUUCAACCUCGGCAACGUGGUGUUGAACGUACGAUUCGGCAACCAUGUUGGGGACUGGGAACACUGUCUUGUGCGCUUCCAUAAUGGCCGGCCCAAGGCCCUCUUUUUCAGCGCACACUCAGCGGGAGAAGCAUACAGCUACGAAGCCGUCGAGAAGAUCGGCCAGCGGCCCGUCAUAUAUUCCGCACUUGGCACCCACGCUAUGUAUGCAACUCCUGGUGUGCACGCCUACAUCCUGCCUUGGGGCUUGCUGCACGAUCAAACCAAUCGCGGUCCAUUGUGGGACCCACUCUUGAACGUGCACACAUACACGUAUGACUUCCCCAGCGACAUGCUCCGGGCCUCAACUGUCAGCCCCUCAGCGCCUAUUGAGUGGUUCUACUUCAAUGGGCACUGGGGCGACAAGUUCUACCCGUUGGGCGAUGAGCGCCAGUACCGAUUUGCGGGUCAGUAUCAUUAUGUGAACGGGCCUUUAGGCCCGCGCUUCAAGCACCUGAAUCGGCACAAGGUCUGUCAGCAAUCUGACGACAGUCCUUGCGUGAUCAAGAAUUACAUCGGUGAACAGGCUCGCCCUCGCCGCUGGGCAAGUGCAGGUGUCGACAACCCGACUGAGCAUCCACGUAAUUAG